AUGCUUACUCUUUAUCAUCUUCCUUACGCUGAAGGAUUCGGUGCCAACGCGCGCAAGAUUGCAAUUUUACUCAAUGAGCUGGAGCUCAAUUGGAAGGGCGAAGCUGUUUCACGAAACGCUGUUCGUACUUCCCCUGAGUACGCACUUCUUCAUCCGGACCGUAAGGUUCCUGUCCUCAAAGACGGUGAGACCAUUGUGAUUGAAUCUGCCGCAGUUUUGCAGUAUCUGGCGGAGGUCUAUGGCUCAGGCAAGUACCUUGAGUCAAAAUAUGACGCUCUCGCAUGGGUUUCCUUGCAGAAUGGUUUGUCAUCGGCAGUUUCCUCGCUGUUCCAAGCCGAUGACGAAUCGCAGAAGACAAAGGCGAUCAAUAACGCUAAGCACUACCUGGAACUUCUGGAUGACAAGCUAGCAUCCUCAAAGAGUGGAUACAUUCUUGACUCGGGAUACUCAAUUGCAGAUAUUGCAUGGAUUGCAUUCAUCGAUGACAGACGCAAGGAGAAGCUUCACAUUGAGAGCUGGGAGCAAUUCCCCAACAUUGCCAAGUGGCAGCAAAAGGUUCUUGCACGUCCUGCUGUUGCUAAGGCUUACGAAAACUAG